GACGCAGGAGACAGUGAAGAGUUGUCGGUUGUGGACGAGGACGAGGAAGUUUCCGAAGAAAUGAGCUCGGCAUCUGUCGGGGCCAAGACCAGUACUAGUCCCGUGUACACCAGGGCAUGAUGAAGGAAUUUGAGAUGUGUGUGGUUCUGACCAAGUCGUGGAGCGGUAGUUUUGGGUUCACCAUCACACGCAGCAAACUGGAUGCCUGCUACUACAUUCAGGACAUACUGGACAACCCUGCUAAGACUGACGGACGGCUCAGACCAGGGGACAGACUAGUCACGGUCAACGGCCAGGAUAUGACGAAUGUGACAGAUGAGGUUGCCAUGUCGAUCCUGAGGUCGUCUCCUAGGAGACUGAGUUUGAUCCUGGGGAGGGCGGUGACCAACCUGAUAGCUCCACCUUUUCCAGACCACCUGCAAGACAUCAUACUGCACAAGACACCGACUGGACAGCUUGGUAUCAAGCUGACGGGUGGUAUAGGCAGCAAAUGGCAGGGGAUCUACUGUCUGGAGGUGGUUCCUGGUUCACCUGCCUGUGAGGAAGGCAGCGUCCAACCAAACGACAGGAUCCUGUACAUCUGUGGCCGAUGCACCAUGGGAAUGACUCUGGAGGACGCUGUCAAGGCCUGCGAGAACGCUCCGCGCAGAGUGAAACUCAAGGCCACCAGAGAUGACCAGCCUGUGACUCCCAAAGCCAAGAGUAAUGCUAAAGCCGUGCCCGAGACCACUGGGAAAUUCAGACCACUUCUCUCUGUCACCUCCGAUCAAGACAGCUGUAUCUUGCAAAUAUAUGUGUGUAAGCCAGAGAGGGGGGGUCUGGGCUUUGCUCUGAUUGGUGGAUGCAACGGAAGCACGCUCAGAGUGAAGGAGAUCUGCGCUGGAGGCGUGGCGCAGCAGGAUGGACAGCUCAGAGUGGGAGACAUACUGCUUGAGGUGAAUGGUAUAAUAGUAUCAGGUCUGAGCCACUGUAAGGUGGUGGAUAUCCUCCGUCAGGCUGAGGGAAACAUCCAACUCACAAUCUGUAGAGACAUACCACGGGCCAGCACAGCACCCUGCACUGAUGCAUUCUUCUCUAUGGGCUUCCCUGGAGACAACAUGGCCGUCUGUCCUGGAUCCAAUAUGGCCUCCUGUCCUGGAUCAGCAUCCAAUAUGGCUUCCUGUCCUGGAUCAAAUAUGGCCUCUUAUCCUGGAUCAAAUAUGGCUUCUUAUCCUGGAUCAAAUAUGUCCUCUUAUCCUGGAUCAAACAUGGCCUCCUGCCCUGAAGUCAACAUGGCUACCAGCAACGGAUCCAACAUGGCAUCCUGCACUGGAUCAAAUGUGUCAGUCUUCAUCGAAGCCGAACCAUACUCCAACCCUUCUGCAUGUUCCUCACCUGAUGUCCAGCAGGAGGACCUUCCCCCUGAGGGGACUUCAGAUCCAGUACCUGAUGUAGAGGAGGACAUUACCCCCCGUUUACCCCCCGACCCCUCCUAUCACCCCUCACUCCGCCUGCGGGCCCUCACAGAAGAGGACAUGGCUGGACAGGAGAGCUGUAACAGUAAACCCUCUCAUCCGGCUUGCUGCCUGUCCAGCAAGAGUAUGACUAACUUGCUCCAUGAAGCCUCGAACAGGAACCAAAUCCCUGUGAUGCCAUUGGACAAAACCAUGAUGGGCAGCAAGAACAGCCAAUCAGACGGCUGGAGCAGCGAGGAUGAGGAUGAUGAGACAUUUGAAGCUAAAGGUCAGGAGACCAUGUCACCCUUCCCAGGUCCACCUAUAGUAUCAGAAGAAGAGUUGGCCAGCCUAGCCAUGAUCAGUCCAGCUAAGACCAGUCAAUACGCUGGGUCCAGAGUGAAAGCCCUCAUACAGAUACUACAACAUCAACUAGACCAGCAAGAACUGGUCCGAGAGUUCAUGGCCUUGGAGCAUCUAAAGCCGUCUGAUAACUGUCUAGUGGGGAAAGCUCCGGAGAACCGGGAGAAGAACCGCUACCGGGACAUCCUGCCCUAUGAUAAGACGCGUGUUCCAGUGGGUGAUAACCAGGACUAUAUUAAUGCCAGUUAUAUCCAUAUGGAGGUUGGCAGUGAGGAGUUCAUCUAUAUCUCCUGCCAGGGUCCUCUGCCCUCCACCGUGCCCGACUUCUGGCAGAUGGUCUGGGAGAACAGGUCUGAUGUGAUAGCCAUGAUGACCCAGGAGGUGGAGCGAGGCCGGGUGAAGUGUCACCGCUACUGGCCAGAGAGGGUGAGCUGCCCCCUAGACACGGGGCGCUUCCAGCUCAGCCUGGAGAACCAGCAGAUCAAGGAAUACUUCCACAUCAAGAUCAUCCGCAUGGUGGAGAAAGAGUCUGGUGAGACCCACUUUGUCCGUCACCUGAAGUUUAUGCGUUGGCCUGACCACGGUGUGCCGCGGUGUUCAGAGCAGCUGGUCAGAUUUAUCCGCUACCUCCGAGCAGUCCACCAUAAAGGACCUGUCACUGUACACUGUAGUGCUGGGAUAGGACGAACAGGAGUACUGAUCUGCACCGAUGUCAUCCUGAGUCUCAUAGAGAACGAUCUCCCGAUCAACGUCAGUAACAUUGUGAGGGAGAUGAGACUGCAGCGAUAUGGCAUGAUUCAGACUAAGGAGCAGUACCUGUUCUGCUACAAGGUAUGGUUGGAGGUUCUACAUCGCAUCCUGCAGCUGCAUGGUAAGCAUUGGCAACCAGAGAGCCCCCGCAAACUUAAUGCGAGCCCUCGCACACACAGUAACCGAUGGCAACCGGAGAGCCCCCAUGAAGAUAAUCAAUUUGUUUGACCAGGUUUCUUGCCCCCGCCCGUUAGUUGAUUUUGUUAUGAACACUGUAUGUGUUUUAGCCAAUUCCUCUGUUCGUUUGAUGUCAUGCCAAAACAUGACUAUUCAGAGUUGGCUAAACCACAUAUAGAUGGGACGACCAGGCCACAGUAUGUUUCUGCAUGGUUUUGAUAUUUGGGUUCUGAAUUUAUUGAUGGAGGUAGAAAUUUUUACUGUUGGUUCUUUUGUGUUUUUUUUUCGAGAUGGCAGUGACUGAUUAAACACUUAAUUGAAAGGAGAGAUACUGUGAUUGCAGUAUUGGUUUGAGUUAGAUCAAUUAUUUGACAGCCUUUAGGGGUUUAGUGACUUUGUCUUCUUUGUUAAGUUAGGAGUGUUUUGGUUGUGUGACUUUUAAAGGGUGUUACUAUUUAAAUUGUUCUAUUUAAUCAUUCCACAUUUUUAAAGUUAAUGUGUAUAUUUUGCAUAUGAUCAAUUAUAACCUAAAUACAUUUAAUUGCACCACAGCACAUCACUAAUCAACGAUGUCACUGCUCAUUGCAAUGCACAGGGUGAGGUGUAUUAUACCAAAAUGUAUAUUAGAAUAUCUUUAAAUAUGUAGCUAAUAUAUAGAGUUAAUGAAAUAUUGUGUUUAAAUAUUGUGAAAUAAGUGCAUGUAAAUCUUGUAUGAGUUUUGUCAAUGACUGAAACCAGAAGUGAAUAGAAUCAAGUGCCUUGGAAAGACUUUGUUUCACCUUCGGAAACCUGAAAACCAGGUUUGAUUGAACAGGACCCUGAGAACACGUGCUCUGUGUGAUUCUGUAAGGAAUCUCUGUCCGAUACUUUCACCGUUUGUUGGUCAUGUUGUGUUGUCCCACAGCUCAGAUUCACUGUAUGUGAAUUAGUGGUGAAUCUAUCUUCAUUUUGCAGUCUGUCUACAACCACUGAACAAGUGCUUAGGUGUUUGAAAUGUAAUGGCAGUCAAAUGCACAAAAAAAACAUAUUGUAUUUCUGAAAGCAUUUCUCAUCAUUGUACAGUAACAUCACUAUUGUAGCUGCAGUUUCAGUAGCGUGAUAAUAUACCUCACUGUAACAUACACUACCAGUACAGUGUAACCUUGGUCUGGUCACUAUGUAUUACCUCUGACUGUCAUAUAAAAGCUGUUCUCAAAUACGUAUUUGUUUCACAUCGUGGUAUGAGACAGGAUCAGGAUUAGUAACAGAUUUUCUUCAUUUGGUAGGUCACAGGUAUUGUAUAUGACAAGGACUAUUUACAAACUGACAGAAUAUGGAAAAGAGAGAAAGAAGGAGAGAAGAAAAGAGAGAGGUCUACCUACAGGGCUAACUGACAGAACAUGGAAAAGAAAGAACGAGACAAAACCUUAACUGUGACUACAUGGAGCCCUUUUCUUGUACAGAGUAAAUUCUCUCUCCAGGUUUACUACAUGAUAAAUAAGUGUGUCUCACACGGGCCUUUGUGACGGCAUGGAAACCCCACUGGGUACACACUGGUUGGAUCAACGUUGUUUCCACACACACACACACUUCUUAAAACCUGAGACUGGGGAAAGCCCUGCAGCAAUGUCUCCCUCCCCCACUGUCAGGACUCCAUACCUCACUCCUUCACUAAGUCCCUUCCUCAUUCCCUCUCUCACACUCUCUCCCUCCUUCACUCUCUACCUCAGAUGUUGUAAUAGUUGUGCGUUAUUGUAUACUAGGCAUGGCGUGGGUUAUUCGGGGUCCAGUCACUUUUAGGUUUAU